CAGCGCACCAUGGCCGGGCUUCUGCCGCUGCUGCUGCUGCUCCUGCUCCCGGCGGGACCCACCUGGGGCUCCAAGGAGAAGUGCUUCACCAAGAUGUACACGACAAGCGGGGAAUGCUGCAAAGCCUGCAACUUGGGAGAGGGGGUGGUGCAGCCCUGCGGGGUCAACCAGACCGUCUGCGAGCCCUGCCUGGACAGCGUCACCUAUUCGGACACGGUGAGCGCCACGGAGCCGUGCAAGCCCUGCACGCAGUGCGUGGGGCUGCAGAGCAUGUCCGCACCCUGCGUGGAGUCGGACGACGCCGUGUGCCGCUGCGCCUACGGCUACUACCAGGACGAGCCGAGCGGGAGCUGCAAAGAGUGCCGGGUGUGCGAGGUGGGCUUCGGCCUCAUGUUCCCCUGCCAGGACUCGCAGGACACGGUCUGUGAGGAGUGUCCCGAGGGCACCUUCUCCAGCGAAGCCAAUUUCGUGGACCCCUGUCUGCCCUGCACCACCUGCGAGGAGAAUGAGGUGAUGGUGAAGGAGUGCACGGCCAUCUCGGAUGCCGAAUGCAGAGACCUCCACCCUCGCUGGACAACACAGAUGCCAUCCCUGGUGGGCUCCGACAGCCCCGAGCCCAUCACCAGAGACCCCUUCAACACCGAAGUGAUGCCCAGCACCCUGGCAGACACCGUCACCACCAUCAUGGGCAGCUCGCAGCCCGUCGUGAGCCGCGGCACCGCCGACAACCUCAUCCCCGUCUACUGCUCCAUCCUGGCGGCCGUGGUGGUGGGGCUGGUGGCCUACAUCGCUUUCAAAAGGUGGAACAACUGCAAACAGAACAAGCAAGGGGCCAACAACCGCCCGGUGAACCAGACGCCUUCGCCGGAGGGGGAGAAGCUGCACAGCGACAGCGGCAUCUCGGUGGACAGCCAGAGCCUGCACGACCAGCAGCCACCCAGCCAGAGCACCCAAGGACCAGCGCCCAAGGGAGAUGGGAACCUCUACGCCAACCUGCCGGCCAGCAAGCAGGAGGAGGUGGAGAAGCUGCUGGGAAGCUCCGCGGAGGAGACAUGGAGGCAGCUGGCCGGGGAGCUGGGCUACAAAGAGGACCUCAUAGACUCCUUCACCCGGGAGGAAUCACCCGCCCGGGCUCUCCUGGCCGACUGGUCCUCCAAGGAGACGGCCACCCUCGAUGUCCUGCUGGCCGCCCUGCACAAGAUCCAGCGCGGGGACAUCGCCGAAAGCUUGUACAGCGAGUCCACUGCCACCUCCCCCGUCUGA